AAUUUUGACUGUUAAAACAAAGUGAAAAGGACGAUACGGUUUUCAACCGGACUUGAACCGAUAUGAUCGACCCGAAGACCCGAAAGCGUACGACGCGUCUCGAUGCAGCCCCAAUUUUCUGAUAUGGGGAUUUUCCCAUCCAGAAUCAUCAGCGGACAACCAGUUCUGCCGGCGUGCUUUUCCGGCUUGUUCCGGCCGUAUAGUUUUCAUAUUGAUUCCACAAAUUAGUGUCGUUUAUCUCGAUCGACGAAUUCGUGGUGUAAUCAUGACCGUUUCCGAAGACGAAGACGAACAUCUGGCUCACUUUUUAGAGUCCGAGGUUCUUUCGGAGAUCUCCGAUCAGGAGGAUGCAAGAUCCAAUGAAGAGGAUGUGCGGCAGCCGAAGAGGCUUCGGGUGGAGCAAAAUGUUGGCGUGAGUAACAGAGGAAUAACUCCAAGGAGGAUAGAUGAUGGUUUCUUUAGCAGGAUUCCUCCCGAGCUCUUCCCACACAUCCUUAAGUUUCUCUCCUCUGAGGAUCUUGUUGCAUGCUCAUUGGUCUGUAGAUUCCUAAAUUUUGCAUCUUCCGAUGAAUCCUUGUGGCGUCGCCUGUACUGUAUGCGGUGGGGUAUCCUGCCACCAACAAAAAAGUUGCGUGAUCGUGCAUGGAAGAAGCUGUAUAUCCAGCGUGAUGAAGAAGACAUGGUUGAGUUUGUUAGGAAUUGCCCCAAUGAGUUCAAAGAGUACUACAUCCAAAUGCAAGUAGCGAAGAGAAGCCAAGCACCUCUUCCUUCUCAGUUGAAAGAUGACUGGAUGAUUCUGGACAAGUCUGUUGCCGAUCAAGUUUCCAUAUGGAAGAGCAACAAAGGACUGACUGAUAAAGUGUUCUCGGAUCAUGCUUGUUCUGGAGACACUUGUUCUUACUAUCAAAUUGGAGAUGUUUUUGUUUGUGAGAAUACUGGAUACGUUCAUGUGUGUGAUGAUACUUGCAAGGAGGUUGUUCUUGAUCCAGAAAAUGAGCUCUUGGUGUGUACAAUUUCGGGCCAUUGUUUCGAUCGUUUGCUUUCCCCGUCGGAAAUUGGAGGAGAUAUGGAAGAACAGCAGCAAGGUGGUGCAACGGAUGAAGCAGAGCCGUUCAUGGGAUCCGGCCGUUUUGCGCGGGCUUACCAGUUGGGUUAUAACUGUGAAGACGAAAAAGAGCUUGAAGCCUGCCUCAGGUUCUGCUGAAACCCAAUUUUUGGUUUUUCCUACAUCUCCAUUCCCUGCAACCGUAAUUUGAUAUUGUAGCGUUAUUAAAUAAUUAUAUUCUGUAAUCUGUACGAUAUUUCAAAAUCAAAGAAGUGGCAACUAGUUGUCUUACAAUA